AAGCUCGCCUUGACAUUUGACUCAACAAAACCAUCAAGUUCAACUUCCAAGGAGACAAACUUUUGGACACCAGAGACCACACAACAGGCCGACACCCGCUUGAACAGAAAAGACUUCAAGCAAGAAGACGAAAAAAGCCACACCUCAAGCUGAACUCCGCAUAUAGCUCAUCCAACCAUGUCUGGAACCUCACAUACCUCACCAAUACCCAGUUCAUCAUCAUCCAGAUCACAACCACUCGUCUUCUCAUCCUCAACAGUCUCUCAAGUGCCACUCCCCAACCAAGCCGAAGAACCGACGGAUAAAGAUAACGAACUGAAAGCCUGGCUGGCACUCAAUCCCAGUCGACCGUUCCCAAUCGCCCGUCUACCGCAGACCCUGAUCCUGCAUAUCUUCAGCUGGCUCGACUUGCCCGACCUAGCCUCGAUAGGCGCAACAGGAAAUGGACUAUUAACCAAUCUUUCGAAGGAUGCGGUGCUCCAUCGGGCUAGACUACGCUCGGUUGGCGCCCAAUGCAUCUCCCCUCAUCUCAAACGUCGGCCGAAUAUACUCGAGGUGGCCAAGUCGGGAAAGAUGAAAGGCCUCAACUUGGAGUCAAAGAUCCAACGUGGCUGUUAUCUCUCCUCGCCCAAUUCGAUCCGAUUACUCGAAAACUCUCAUCGAGUCGAACGCCUCAUGAUCCGCGAGAAACUCAAUCGAUUGCUCAGUCGUCGGCCUACCUCUAGAUCUAGUCUCCUAACACUCAACCUCAUUGAUCAGGAACUCCUCUUUUGCUCUAAUCUUCUUGCCCCAGUCCUGCGCAGUCUCAAACGCCAACAAGCUAAAGAUCUCCUGGCUCGCAAACUCAGAUACUCGGAUGCCGAACUCGAUCAGCUCUCUCUCAGCCCUGCUGGUCACUUUCGUAACCUGCUCAUCGAUGACUCUGAUACCCAAAACAUCACACAAUCUAGGUCUUCCUCUCGCUCGAUCCGUGCUAGCUCUUAAGCACAUUUCUGACAUCCUGGAUCCAUUCAACAAAAGAAUCUCAUUGUCCAAGAUUGUCAGUCUACAAACACAUACCAAUCAUACCACUUUUUACCCCACCUACUUCUAUAAGAACCCAUUCUCAAAUUUCAAAUUCAACUCAAAACUAUGCCCACAUGAAUAUACACACAUCGUCCAAUCAUGAGAUGCUCACAAAGAAAACUCCACAUGCAGACUCUUACCUCAAGCCAAAAGGUCACAAAGGUAUUGAAGCCAUUUCCUUGUGAUAUCUCUUUUUAGGAGAAGAUGCAGACAAACAUUCAUCAAGCACAACUCACAGGCAAAGUCUAUACUCCUCCUGACCUCUUUUUGCAUGGACAUUACAAUUUGUAUCUGUGUGUGUCUAUCAGUGUAUGUUGUGUGUUGGGUAUAAUAAUUUACUUCAUUCUCAGGUUUCUCCUUCCCUUGUUUCAGUUCAACCCUUUUUUGUUCUUCUUUUUCUCUUUCUGUUUCUCAGUCUGAUUCUCUUUUCUUUUCUUGUUUUUUGGGGGAACUUUGGAUUCAUUUGAUCAACUUGAUUCUGGUCUGUCAGUCAGACUCACAGCAGAAAAAUGGGUUUUGAAAUUUUGAAAAAUAUGUGUGGUUGCUUUAUGUUGUCUACAUGCCAUUAAUCAAAAAAAUUAUCUCUUUUUUCAUGUAGUUCUCUUCUUCUCCAAGUAAUAACUGUUUUUUUUUUGUUGGUCAAUGAAUCAAACUAG